AUGAAUAACAAUCAUAGUCUUAAAUGUAUUAACAUUAUGGUUAUUUUAUUAUUCUUUAUUAUUAUUCUAUGUCAAUGUAAAAAAUUAAAAUUACCUAAAGAAGUACGUGAAGUAUUUCAAUUACAUAAAUAUUAUCGUAAUUCAAUACGUUUUUGUCAAAUGCCAAAUCAACCUCCAGCAAAACGUAUGUCAAAAUUAAAAUGGAAUACAUAUUUAGCAGAAAAAGCUCAACUUUCAGCUAGUCGAUGUGAUUACUCUUAUGAUAGUCCAAGUGAUAUGAAUUUUGAUGAAUUUGGUACAGUAGCGCAAAAUAUUGCUGAUAGUCCAACAUUGAAAAUAGCCAGUUGGUUUGUUGAAUACAAGAGCUAUUCUUUUAAUGAUAACAAAUGCAAUGAUACAUGUAUGCAGUAUAAACAAAUAGUAAAUGGUGAAGAGACUGAAAUUGGUUGUGGUGUACAAAAAUGUGGUAAAAGAUUUUUAGUAGUGUGCAAUUAUUCACCAGCAGCUGAAGAAGAUAGACAACCGUAUGAAAAAGGCACUCAAGAGAAUUGCGAUGAUGUUGAUGAUGCAGAAUAUUAG